AUGGGUAACGGCCAGGGAAAGCCUGUCGACCUCAACGGCGAAGUUAGUCUCAACCAUUUCCGCCUGUUACGAGUUGUCGGUCGCGGCGCCUUUGGCAAAGUCCGAAUUGUCGAGCGAAAGGACACCGGACUGUCAUUUGCCCUGAAGUAUAUUCGCAAAGAUGAAGUUGUCAAAUCCGAGAGCGUACGCAACAUCAUUCGUGAACGUCGCAUGCUCGAGCAUGUAAACCAUCCUUUUAUUUGCAAUUUGCGCUAUAGUUUUCAGGAUAUUGAGUACAUGUAUCUGAUUGUCGACCUGAUGAGCGGUGGCGACCUGCGCUUUCAUAUUUCCCGGAAAACAUUUACCGAAGAAGCCGUUCGCUUUUGGAUUGCUGAGUUGGCUUGCGCCUUGCGGUAUAUUCACGCCAACAAUAUCAUCCACCGAGAUGUCAAACCCGAUAAUGUUCUUCUGGACGCAGAUGGCCAUGUACAUCUGACGGAUUUUAAUGUUGCCUCCGACGUCGUUCCAGGGCGAGUGCUCACCAGCAAGUCUGGCACGCUUGCCUAUCUUGCGCCUGAGGUAUAUGCUGGCAAAGGCUACGAUGUCCGCGCAGAUUGGUGGUCACUCGGCGUUCUCUUCUACGAGUGUAUCUACAACAAGCGUCCCUUUGAUGGAACAUCCGAAUCAACAUUAAGUCAGCAGAUUCAACACCAACAACCCCGAUACCCAGUUACACAACCACCAGUCUCCCUCCCUUGCCUGUAUGCCAUUGGUUCGGCUCUUGAUUCAAAUCCGAAUACUCGCCUAGGCCAUACCUGGGAUCACUUCACCAGUCAUGAGUUUUUCCGCGACAUCAACUUCGAUCUCCUGGAGCAAAAGCGAAUUGAGCCCAUCUUCAUACCCUCUUCUGAGAAGACGAACUUUGAUGCUACUUAUGAUCUUGAGGAAUUGCUGCUGGAGGAAGCCCCGUUGGAAGCGAGGGCGCGACGACAGAAGCCGCGUGAACGGUUAAAGGAAGACGCAUCGCAACAAGAAAUUCGAGAGGAUGAACUUUAUCGCAUGAUCGAAUCAGAUUUCCGUCCAUUUGAUUAUACGGUGGCUGCGUAUAAAAAGUACACAGAGGCCGCGGAAGAGGCCGGAAUCCCGCAACAUCCGAGACAUCCACCGCCGUUGCAGCCCCAAGGGGACGGUCCGAGGGCCAUUACUACUGAUGCAGCAGUGCCUGCACCUUCCACAAGUGAUUUGCGGCUGGUUCGAACAUCUGGGAGUGACGAGGCGACUUAUCCGAAGCCAGUCCGCAGCAAUCCGGCACCUCACAACUAUCGGAGCGAAUACGUCUCUAGACGCAACCCAUCCAAUGGCAACAGAAUAGCAAGUCCCACCGGUGGCGUCCAAGUCACCCUUGAUGGCGGCGGUAGCUGGUCUGAUCUCGCUCGCCAAGACGCGACACUGCCUAUUGACGCGAACACAACAGCUGCCUCGAAGAGCGAGAGCUCUAGCGGCAUGUUUGGAUUUCUCAAGGGCAAGAAGGGGCGAAAUCACAGCCCCAAGCCUAAGGAGCGCGGUGUUUUAGGCAAGGAAGGCGCGCGCGUGGUCAUCAGCUAG